GAGAGAGAGAGAGAGAGAUUAGAAUGGGGGACGGCGAUGUGGUGCUUAAGCGAGCUCAUACGGACUUUAACGACUACGAGGAAGAUGUGAUUGCGGAGAUCCUAGCAAGGCUACCGGUCAAAUCCUUGAAGCGAUUCCAGUGCGUGUGCAAGUCAUGGCGUGCUUUGAUCUCCGAUUCCUAUUUUGUAAAGAAACACCUCAGCUACGUAGAGAGAGGCAUCACCGAGAGCGCGCACAAUCUCAUUUUCAUGGUGGAUCCUCCCUUGGCCUUGGACUGUGAAGCCUCGAAAAGUAUGGAGGAGGACUCUGUAUCCUUGGACUGUGAGGCCUUGAGAAGUAUGGAGUACUAUGAAGUCUUGAAAAGUACUGAGCACUUGAUGUGUAUGGAGGACUAUGAAGCCAUGGAAAGAAUUAAGAAAUAUGUUGAUGGUAGCAGUCAGUUUGCAGUCACCCGGUUGGAUUUUCCGGUACGGAAAACUAUCAAUGAUUUCGGUUGUAGAGAACUAGUUGGUGCUUGCAAUGGCUUGGUAUGUGUUAAAUACCCUUGUAACGACGGAGACUCCAAGGCCAUCAUGUUGUGGAACCCUUGUACUAGAGACUACAAGGUUUUACCAAAACCUCCUCUAGUUAUACACUCCACGUUUAGCAACUAUGUUUAUGGAUUUGGGUAUGAUCCUGCUAAUGACGACUACAAGGUCAUAUGGGGGCUCACUUGUGACUCAAAUGAUGCUAAGGAAAUCAUGAUUCACAUCUUUUCACUGAAAACAGGAUCAUGGAGGACUAUCAAGGACACUGAUUAUGUUAGAGUAAUCACAUGCGAGGGGUUGUUCUUAAACGGAGCUCUGCAUUGGUUAUAUUGUCCACCCAACGGGGGCUCAGGAAUUUUGUCUUUUGAUUUAGGGGUAGAAAAGUUUCAGAAGACGAUUCCAUUGCCCUAUGAUGACUGGUUUUCCGAUCCAUUGAUUCAUAGACAUUGUCUCUGUGUAUGCACUCGCCCAGCUGGAGCCAAUAGUAUCAACAUAUGGAUGAUGAAAGAAUAUGGGGUCAAGGAGUCCUGGACUGAAGUAGUACAAUUUUCUUUGGAGAGUUAUCAAAUGCCUGCUGAUGACAGAAAAUAUUUCAGGCCUUUGCACAUUUUAGAGGAUGGUGUAGUCGUGAUUGACAAGAUGCCUCAUUCUGUUAUCUAAUCUAAAGGAGAAGACAUUCGGGCAUUGUGUUGAGGUCGCUGGGGACAUGGGUUUUGAAACUGUCAGUUACCGGGAGACAUUAGUUUCACCAAACGUCCACACGUACAAAACCGACAAUGUCAGCUAGUAGCUCGUUGCUGUACUUCUCAAGGAAAUAGGCCUUUGUAGAAUUCAAGGCGGGACACUUUUGAGGGGGGAGAGGUGUAUGUAAUGUUUAUCCUUCACUUGGAAAACAAGUUGAGAAAUCCAGGAAGUCAUUUGGUUAUGUAGAAAGUGGAUGCAGUGUUGUUUAUGGAUAUUGUACCAAGAAUGAAAUAUUUCUGUUUUGUAAACUUAAUAGGUUUAUCGACACACACUUGUUCAUGG